UGACUUUACCGAAAAAACCUAAGAAUAGAGAAGAGAGGGGUGAGGAUAGGAGCCGAGGGAUGUAGCCCUACCUCACCAGACCUGGUGUCUCCCCCUAGUGCACACUCGGUGCUCAAACUCAGCUGUGACCUCUCGCUCGAAACUCGUCUGUGGCUCUCCCCGGCCGCAUUUCCUUCAGACUCCCUCGGCUGAGCGCAGCUUGCGAGCCUUCUCCACCGACCCGACAACCCCCGGGAGCGAUGAGCAUCAGCACGUGGCCCGGCCUCGCUCGCUUCUUUGCAUCACCGCUGCGGGCCUCGCUCUCGCGUCUCGCCUGCCCGGCGCCCCGCGGGGCCCGCAACAAGAGCGGCCACGCGGCACGGCACGAUACCCCCAGGCCGUGGCUGAGCUGCGAGUCCCCGCGGGUCGAGGCGAUGGUGCGGGGGGACGUGGAGGUGAGCGACGAGUUCGUGAGCGAGGAGGAAGAGCGGCUGCUCGUCAAGGACGUGGAGCCGACCCUGCGCAGACUCAAGUACCAGUUCGACCACUGGGACCACGCGAUACACGGAUACCGCGAGACGGAGACCCGCCGCUGGUCGGAGGGAAACCGGGCCACGCUGGCACGAAUGCUAGCCAGGGCCUUCCCACCGGGCACCGAGGUCAUGCCACUCACACACGUGCUCGACCUGGACGCAGCCGGGUUUAUCCGCCCCCACGUGGACAGCGUCAAGUUUUGCGGGAGCAUCAUCGCAGGACUCAGCCUCUUGUCGGCCAGUGUGAUGCGCUUCGUGCACGAGCAGGACCCCACCAUCAGAGUCGAUGUGCUGCUCAAGCCACGCUCCCUCUACAUCAUCAGGGGACGGGUUCGUUACGAGUUCACGCAUGAGAUUCUCAAGGACGAGGAGUCGGUGUUCCGGGGCGAACGCGUUCCCCGUGGUCGCCGCGUGGCAGUCAUCAGCCGGAACGUCCCCGAAGAGGAGCAGCUCGCCUGAGCCUGGGCAGUGCGGACUCUGGCCGUACGGAAAAAUCUUAUUGCCUCGAGGUGGCAUUCGAACUUUGGAGGAACGUGUACGUGACCCUCAGCUUUUUAUUGGAGACACUUGAUGGCUACGUACAAAACAGCAUCACAUGGCAUCGUCGAACGAGCAUAACAAAAUAUUGAGCGCAUUUGUGUAUAUAAUAAAAAAAAA